AAAAUUUAAAAAUGGUCACAAUAAAAGAAGAACACCUUUCAGUUCCAAAUUGUAAUUGUUUAAAAAUGAGGCUGCAGCACUGCCACACAUCUAACACCGUCUUAUCAUCCCUGUUCCCUGUUGUAAAUAAAACGCUGUCUGCUCAACAUAUGGGGUCAAUAAACUUUUGAGCGCUUUACUUUCGAUUCCCUUGACGCAUUUCAGGCGGGGCAAAAGCCAGUUUACAGUUAACACACUAACAGACCAUGCUACAUUCAUGUCAAAUAGAAAUAAUUAUUGCUGUGUACGUUUCUUAUUUUAAUAACAUGCAAAGAAAGCGUUUGCUUUAUUUUGUAAAUGUAGACAUAGAAAUUAGCGUAUAUUUUAACAAACUAUUUGGUAACAAGUUGAUUUCCCCAGAAAUAUAGGGAAUAUGAGCCCAUCUACUGAAAAAAAUAAUUCUUAUUCCUUAACAAUCCAAAAUGCAUAAAAUGACUAGCAGUUUUCUAAUCCGGUACAUUUUAAGUUACCUGAGUACCGUUUGCCCAAUAACAUAGCAAGUAUAAAGAAGCUAAUGCACUUGAAUUGUUAAUGUUCUGGUGAUAGUUCCCAUAUUUCCUAUUUUCUCAGGGUAGGGUUAAUGCAGCAGCUUUCACAUAGAGGAGCUGAAGCGGAAGUUUCUCACCGUCAACUGGACAGUUUUCAGGGAACUAGUAAUCUGGAAAACAAAUUGUCAGUCUUAGUGGAACAAAGUUUGCAUUCCCUUCAGUUUUUUCUUCGCACCUGUCAUCCUCUACUCCCGAUCUAAAGCAAGGAUGACCACCGAGAAGGCCGAUUACACUCCCGUGGUGGUGGGCACAUCUUACCCUCCUGUCCUCGAUCAGCCUAAUUUUCCUGCCGCGUUUGGCGUCACUGUACCGGACCCGGAGGUGCACGGCGGAGCCAUCCUUGCCCCUGGCGGCCUGCCGUACCCUCCUCCACCGGUCGCCUUCGCCCCCGUCAUCCCCGGAGCCUACGGGAUGACAGUGAAGCCACAAGAUGGAACCUCAGGUUAUGUCAAUCCCAAUUACCCAGGUUAUCCAGAAAAUGCCCCGCCGUAUUCUCCACCUGCCCCGGGCUUUGUUGACAGCUAUAGUGGUGGUAAUCCUUACCUCAGUGAGGAAGCUCCUCCACCCUUCAAUGACAAUCAAGACUUUGAUUUUGGAUUAGACAACAAGAGCAUAAGAAGGGCCUUUAUUAGAAAGGUGUACUUGGUGCUAACCGCUCAGCUCAUGGUGACAUUCGGAUUUGUGGCUGUUUUCACCUUUGUACACCAAGUGAGAAGUUUUGUUAUAAAAUACGUCUGGACGUACUUCUUGUCCUACGGAGUGUUUUUGGCGUCGGUUUUGGCGAUCACCUGCUGCGGAAACCUCCGCCGAAGACACCCCUGGAAUCUGGUGGCAUUGUCCGUCCUGACUCUCAGCAUGUCCUACAUGGUGGGUACCAUCGCCAGCUUCCACGAAACCCAGGCCGUGAUCAUGGCGGUGGGAAUCACUGCCUUCGUUUGCUUUACGGUGGUCAUUUUCUCCAUGCAGACCAAGUAUGACUUCACUUCCUGUUACGGCGUGCUUUUUGUUUGUUUGCUGGUCCUGAUUUUCUUCAGCUUACUCUGCAUCAUCCUGCAAAACAACAUCUUGCAGAUUGUCUACGCUGGACUGGGAGCUUUGCUCUUCACAGCAUUCCUGGCUGUGGACACUCAGAUGCUGCUUGGCAACAAGGAGCUCGCUCUGAGCCCAGAGGAAUAUGUCUUUGCUGCUCUCAACCUGUACACAGACAUCAUCAACAUCUUCCUCUACAUUCUCGCUCUCGUCGGAAGAGCCCGAGGCUGAGCGGAGGGAGUGUCCGACAGCGAUUAAAGCAGAACAUUAUUUGGAAUUUGCAUAAAGAACGAAGUUUCCAUAAUCAAAGCUUUUGACUUGCUUUCUAGUGUGUAUUCAACAUAUGGUUAAAGGCUGCUUUUGGUUCAUCCAGUGUAAACGCUUCUCUUUAAGUGAUACUGUCAGUAGUGUUUUGUUGAACUUAUUUUAAAAUCAUGUUUUUGUUUAUGGGGAGAUUUGAUGAAAGCUCAGCUGGUGAGCAUCUAAUGAGGCUUUCACAUUUAAGGAGUGUAGAUAGGUCAGUGUGCUUGAUGCAGUUUUCCUCUGGUAUGACUGUAUGAUGAUGUCUAAAACGAUUUAGUCACCAACCAAAGACCAUAAAAUCAUAAUCAAUCAGAUCAAGGUUGAUGUUUUGCUGAAGCUGUCAGUAGGAGUGCGAAGGGCUAAAUUGGCAAAAUUGUGAGAGCUGAGUCUCUGAGACCACAGCCUAAUAAAAAAAACCUUAUUGAAAAGUGACUACAAAGUGGUCGUUGUGAAAUAUUUCUCUUGUUUUUUCCAAAGUACUGUUUGAAAUUCUAUACUGUUUUCACUAUGGUCUAAAGUCUUAAGUACUUUUGUAAACCUGAUGUCUGUUCUUUAUAUGGAAUAAAGUUUAAAAAAUGCCUUCUA